AUGACUACAGAUCGGCCACACGACCAGCUGGCGGCGAGUUUGGUGCGGGGGCAGCUGCUCUACCCUGAAGACCCUGGCUACGACCGCGCCCUCAGCACCUGGAACCUCCAGGCCACCAAGAGACCUGAAGCUGUGGUGUCGGCUCGCGGGCCAGGCGACAUCAUCGCGACCAUCAAGUAUGCCAAGGCCAAAGGACUUGAGAUGACCGUCAAGGCGGGCGGCCACAGCAUGUCCAGCCUCUGCACCGGCCUGGUCAUCGACUUCAGCCACAUGAAAGGCAUACGAGUGGACGUCGAGAACAAGACUGUGCGCGUCGAGCCGGGCUGUUUGCUGCGUGACCUGGACGCUGAACUGUCUGUGCACGGACUCGUGGUCCCUGGAGGGGUGGUGAGCCACACGGGCGUGGCGGGCCUGGCGCUCGGUGGAGGCUGGGGCUAUCUGGGACGCUGCAUGGGCCUCACCUGCGACAACAUCCUUUCCGUGGACAUCGUCACCGCUGACGGCCAAUUGCGUACCGCCUCCAAGACUGCCAACCAGGACUUGUUCUGGGCCGUGCGUGGGGCUGGUCCCAGCUUUGGUGUGGUGACGUCGUUCAAGUUCCGCUGCCACCCGCUACCAGGCCCGGUCUACUGCGGAGUCAUGAUGUACCCCUGGUCCCGAUCCCCUGAAGUGGCCCAGCAAUGGAUGAACGUGGUCACCUCUCCCGACGGCUUCCCCGACAACCUGACCCUGUACCUGCUGAACGACACCCAACCAACUGGCGAGAAGGGCGCCACUGUGUUUGCCGUGUUCAACGGACCGGCAGAACAGGGCAAGCAGCUGCUCAAGCCCUUCAUCGACCUUGGGCCUGUCGCCACUCAGGAGCAAGAGUUGCCAUUCCGGCUUGUCCAACAAGGCAUCAACGACAGGUUUCCCCCUGGCCGUCACUACUACCAAACCGGCACCUUCGUCAAGGUGAGCCAUCCAAUGGAGCCUCUUGAUGUCCGCGACUGA